AAGGGUCAAAGCGACGCGUCCGUAGUGGCCGCUGCGAAUGCAGUGCGGGUCGGGCGUUACAUGAGGAAGUCGACUGCACUGGGCGUAUCGCUUGUGGCGUUCCUACUGAUCGCAGCCGCUUGGCUUCGAAACAACGGGCGCCCCGACGCGGCUCUCAACAGCAUCGACGAUCAGGAGGCGCAGCUCUGGGCCGAGCAGACUCGCCGUGUGCGACUUCUGGAAGAGGCGUGUGCCACAGCGGACCGUGAGCUGCUGGGCCCGCACUACCUGGGCACUCGCAGCAACCGCCGUCGCGGCAAGCCCACGCACUGCCCGCCCCGGCUGUGCCCAAUCUUCGUGGACGACUUCAGGAAAGUGGCCCUCUGCUUCGUGCCCAAGGUAGCUUCGACAUCGCUGAAGUCCCUGUUCGCCUCCCUGCAGCGGAUCAACGCCACCCCCGGCAAACGGGAUGACGACGCACUGCACUCCUCGUUCAACGAGCGGGUGUUCCGAAUUGGCCCCACGCACUGGCCUCUCAGCAAGCUGCGCCAGUACACCAGGGUUCUUUUCGUGCGGCACCCCUUCGAGCGUCUAGUCUCGGCCUUCGAGGACAAGGCCGGAAAACCCAGGGACAGGGAACGCUUCUUCUACGAAGUCUACUGGGACCGCAUCCUGGCUGGCAACAACGGGAGCAGCAACUACGACGCCACGACCAACUCUACCCACGCCAUCACUUUUCCCCAGUUUGUGGACUACUUACUUCGGGUGCCUGUAUCCCAGUGGGACGACCACUGGGCGCCGUACUACUCCCGUUGUGAGCCGUGUCUCUUCCGGUACAACUUUGUGGGACACCUGGAGACGGCCGGACGAGACAUGGCACUGCUGUGGCGACGCAUGGGUCUCAAGAUCCCGCCAGAGUCAUCGACACUGGAGCAUCGCAAUGAGACUCCUCGGGAGCGUCGCCGGCGACGGUACUUCGACCAACUGACGGCGAGUCAGGUGGAAGGACUAUACCAGCGGUACUUCUACGAUUUCGUGCUGUUCGGCUACGACCACCGAAACUAUACCGUCGGUUCUGAUAGUUGAAUCACUACAGCGCCAGCUGAUACGAAUGUGACAGCUACGUUCUUCAAUGUGUG